AUGGCAGACAUCGAAGUGGGUGAUACGUCCUCGACCCGAGUCUACGUAUCAGGACUACCGCCGUCGAUGACAAAAGACCAGUUGCGGUCGCAUUUUGUAGGGAAGUAUCCGGUCACAGAUGUUCAUGUUGUCACCGACCGCCGCUUUGGCUUUAUUGGAUUCCCUACUCAUGAGUUUGCUAAAAGCGCCGUAAAAUAUUUCAACAAGUCCUUCAUUCGAAUGUCUCGAAUUUCCGUCACUCUCGCAAAGCCAGUCGAAGUCGAGCGCGAUCCGUUGGGCCAAGCUACACCAAUUCCACAACGUGCGUUACGGGGCCAAGACCGAAAGCAGAAAGAUCAUGAACUCCCUGCUAGAAAGAGAAAGCGAGAAAUACACGACGAUGGUGAGGCUGUUGAAAGAUUCCCGAAUGACAACGUGCAGAUGGCUAGUGAUAUCCAAAAUGUGGAUGGUAGCUCCGGUGCUGGGAAUCCAGGGGAGGAAUUGAAGUCGAUAGAGUCUCCGGCAAACAAGGAUGCGAAGCAUGAUCCUCAAAAAGUUCCUGAGUCUGACAGUGAAUGGCUCCGUGGGAAAACUAGCAGGCUGUUGGACCUAGUCGAAGACAAUGAUCGGAUUGCUCAAGCUGCUUCCAGUGACGCUGAUGCUGUUGACGUACCACUGGACAACACUCAAAACGCCCAGAUAAGUGCGGGAAAAUCCGAGCCAUCAGGAAAACCCCCAAGCCUGUCCAUACCAAACGCUCGACUUUUCAUAAGAAAUCUACCCUUUGGAUGUCGAAAAGAUGACCUCAGGGAUGCAUUUUCUUCUUUUGGAAGAAUCUCCGAGAUCCAUUUGGUCACGGACACGAAAAAAUCCGUUGGGAAAGGCCUGGGUUAUGUUCAGUUCGUGGAUCCGAAGGAUGCUGAGAGCGCUCUCUUCGCUCUAGAUGGGAAAGAUUUCCAAGGCAGACUCAUGCACAUUCUUCCUGCCUCGGAUAAAAGGGUGCAGAAGUUAAGCGAGUUCGAACUUUCAAAACUGCCGUUGAAAAAGCAGAAGGCCAUCAAGCGCAAAAUGGAUGCAUCAAAAUCGACUUUUGCAUGGAACUCCUUAUACAUGAAUCCAGACGCCGUCCUAGCGUCCGUGGCGGAUCGGUUGGGAGUUUCAAAGGCUGAUUUGCUCGAUCCCUCCUCGGCUGAUGCAGCUGUUAAGCAAGCUCACGCAGAGACAAGUGUCAUCAAAGAAACCAAAGAAUAUCUCGAAUCUAACGGCAUAAAUGUUGACGCGUUCAAGAACCACGCUCGUGACGACAGAACACUUCUACUGAAAAAUUUCUCAUUUGGCACCACUUCCGAAGAGCUGUCACACAUGCUGGGUCAGUUUGGGACGAUUCAGAGGCUUAUCUUUCCGACAACUGGCACCAUGGCCGUGGCCCAAUAUCAGGAGGCGUAUUCGGCAAACCAGGCAAUGAAACAACUAGCAUAUCGGAAUUUCAAAGGUUCUGUGUUAUAUCUUGAGCAAGCACCUCAGGGCAUCUGGGACGGACCAAAAACCGUGGCAUCGGGAGAAUCUGAUUCACAGAGAUCCACUCGGGAACAUGAGGCUGAAGAAUUCUCUGGGACCACCGCCACAAUAUUUGUCCGCAAUUUAAACUUCUCCACGACAAGCGUCAGAUUAACGGAGGCUUUCAAACCGCUAUCGGGUUUCCUUUCUGCGAGAGUGAAAACAAGAACUGAUGCCAAUCAUCCGGGGGAAGUCCUCAGCAUGGGAUUUGGCUUUGUCGAGUUUCGCACCCAAGCUCAAGCGGAAGCUGCAAUUGCAACAAUGAAUAGACGACAACUCGAUGGACACGAACUUCUGGUGCAAGCAUCUCAAAGAUCCACAGAUGUGGCGGAGGAGCGACGCAAAGAAGACGCAUCCAGAAAACUCAACGCCAAAGGAACAAAGAUCAUCAUCAAAAACUUACCGUUCGAAGCGACCAAGAAGGACGUUCGUGCGCUUUUCGGUGCUUAUGGUCAGCUCCGCACCGUUCGUUUGCCGAAAAAGUUUGACCACAGCACCCGAGGAUUUGCCUUUGCUGAAUUUGUCACGCCAAAAGAGGCCGAAAAUGCGCUCGAAGCUCUUUCAAACACUCAUUUGCUGGGCCGGAAGCUCGUUCUUGAUUUUGCAGAGAGCGAAAUCGUCGAUCCGGAGGAAGAGAUCCAAGCUUUAGAGAGGAAGAUCCAGGGUCAUCAAGAGAUGUUGACUCAGCACAGAAUGACAGGAUCGGCCCGGAAGAAAUUCAACGUUGAUGCACGAGACGAUGCCGAACCUUUUUGA